CGUCCAGGUGUAUGUCACUAAAAAGAGCGUCUUUAUCUGAAGCAGAGAGGUUCCCUGGGCGGCAUAAUGACGCAACUUGACAGGGUGAGUCUCCUUAGGCGGGCGUCAAUUAGAACGGUUUUGUUGUGGUGCGCAUUUAUUGGAGAAAACCCCGCAUGUCGGAAAAGAUCGACGUGGAAAGGGUAGAGAGGGAGCUGGUGAGUGCCCUCGCGGCCGACAGGAAGUACUCGCGAGAGAAUGACGCCAAGAUCAGGGCCGUCACCCAGCGAGUGGCCACAUACGACGAGUUCAGGGAGAUUGUGAAGGGGUCGCAUCUGAGACCUCUGGAGAAGAAGGAUACGAGUGGACGUGGAGGCUUCCGUCAGCCAUGGAACCCAGCUGUAAGUGAUAGGGGAGGUGUGGAGGGAAGGGAAGAGGGGGAGGAGGUGACAUUGGGGGAGGGAGGGGCCGAGAUGAGUCUGCAGUCCUUCAUGAGAGAGUGGAGGAGAUUGGCCGCUCAGCCACAGGACCAGUACAGGUUUUUGGUGGACUUUGGAAGAGACAGACUCUCUAAACUGUUCAGAGUUGAAAUAAGGUGCAGUAUGGCCAUGUACAUUGUACAUAGAAACAAUUAUUUUUGAAAAACAGCAUGGGUCUUCUUGGAGAAAUUUUGACGAUUUUGAAUAAGCAUCUAGAAGAUGAUGAUGACAUCAUUGGCAAGGUUCUGCGUGUUCUAGAGGUGCUCUCUCAGAGCUCAAGGUUCAAACUCUCUCUGGGUUUUCUGAGCAAGUCUGAGAAGCAAGCAAGUCGGGAACUAUUUGAGAAACUGGCUGACAGCAGAGACAAGUUGUUGUUGAAGCAACUCCAUACCAUGUAUGGUCACUGACUGGCUACCCACCCAACUUUGCACUGUUGACACUCCACAGGAUAUGAAUAGUACCAUGAUUAUGAUGUAAUGCUGGCUAUACAUAGAUAUUCAUCCUCCUUUCAUCACCUUGUGUACUGUGUGAACCUUGCAUUGUCAUCCAGGACACACUUAGCUUGUUUAAGUUAUGCCUUUUAUGGAAGCACUCCAAGUGAGUGGGUAAAUUCAGGUU